CUGUUGCUCGGUGCCUGGCCGGAGACGCCAUUGCUGUUUGAAAAGCGAAAGCUGCCCAAAGGCUGAAGGAGAAGUGCCAUCCUCAAACAGGGCGGCUUCACUGCGCCGUUCUGGAGUUUUUAAACCUUCCCUGACAAGGGUCGAAUAGGGUUAAUUUCACUCAGACUCGAGGAGUAGGGGGGAGGGGGAGCGCGGAGGUCGGUGGGUUUCCUCAGAGCGCUCGGUCGUUGCCUUCCUGCCCUGCCCUCUCCUCUCCGCCCGUUUUGGUUUGAGCUCGGUGGCUGUGAGCGUGUGUUGGCGGAUCAUGGCGUGUGGGGCCACACUGAAACGAAGCGUCGAGUUUGACGCGCUGCUCAGCCCUCAGUCUCAGUCCCCGAAGCGGAGGCGGUGUAUGCCUUUAACAGGCCCGGGCACUGGGACACCAUCGCCCCAGAAGUACCUGAAGACCGAGGCGGCGGCCUUCGGCGGAGAGAGUUCCUCAGCCCAUCGACUCACACCAGAACAGAUAUUUCAGAACAUCAGGCAAGAAUAUAGCCGCUUCCAAUGGAGGAGACAGUUAGAAGGAAGUUUUAAUCCAAGUGAGGCAAACAGUUCUGUUGAAGGAUCAUCUAAUACUUUAUUACUAAAUGCACCAAGCUCACCAGGGACGUUAUCUAAGAAAGACCAACCUUUGUUCACGUUACGACAGGUUGGAAUAAUCUGUGAGCGCCUACUUAAAGAUCAUGAAAGCAAGAUCCGGGAGGAAUAUGAACAAGUUCUGAACACAAAACUUGCAGAACAAUAUGAUGCUUUUGUGAAAUUCACACACGAUCAGAUUAUGAGACGAUAUGGAGAACGACCUGCUAGUUAUGUGUCCUGAAGCAUUUUGUGAUUGAACGGGUGUUGGCUUUCACCUCAAGUCAGCUGCUGUACUUAAUGAGAACUAAUUUUGGUGCCAUGUUUUACCCAUCUUCUACUUGAGGGAUUUUAACUCUUCACUGCUGGCCCACCCUACCUCUUGUAAAAUGAAACAAAAAGACAAAAAAAAUCUGACUUUACCAGGCAUUGUGCUAUCAGUACAGAGAUUUGUCUACUUUCCACUGCUAACUCUGCUACUGUGAGAAUAACCUGCCAUUUAUUUCCAGUUCAAGAAGCUGAAUACCAAGCAACAGUUAAUCUGCUUUUAAGAAGUGGCACUGAAUAUGGGAUUGUUACCGUGCAAACCUUUUGAAAGGAUUAAAGUUCUGUCACAAGUGA